GGCUUACAUUCUUGCAUUGAUGGGGUCCAUUCUUUUUGCCGACAAGAGUGGAGAUGCAGUCCAGGUUCUUUAUCUCCCGCUUUUAGCUGAUCUCGACGUAGCAGGGACAUAUAGUUGGGGUAGUGCGACCCUUGCAUACCUGUAUCGGCAGCUAUGUCGGGCAUCACAUAGGGGUGCGAGGGAGUUAGGUGGCCCUGUGUUGUUGUUACAGAUUUGGGCAUGGGAGCACAUACACAUUGGCAGACCUCGGAUUUCGAGGGUGCGGGACCCACCUCCACAGUUUGACGAGGCCGUUCCUAUUUUAGGCUCCCAGCAUGUUCCGGGGAUUGACCCCUUAGCUGUCAGUUGGCUUCGAGUACACAUCACUAGGUCCCACACAGCAGGUGGGCUUCCUUACUACAGGGAUGCACUUGACCAUCAGACGGACGAGCAGAUGACUUGGCAGCCAUAUACUGAUGCGAGACUGGCGUUGUUACCUGCUAUAUGUCGAGCUGAUCGACAUGUAUGGCGCACAUGGCCCACUUAUCUGUUUCGACAUUGUAGAGUUCCAUUUCCCUGGUCGAGUUAUGCGCCAGCACAUACUUUAUCUGAUAUUGCUCAUAGGUGCGGUACUGUACUAGAGGCUUCUGAGUCAUUGCCUCCAGAUAUGGGCGUGCCUACUUCUGCUGGAUAUACAUCGACUUCUACAUCUUCUACGUCUGCUGCCCAUAUAUCUACCACGUCAGCUUUGCUUUCACCUCCAGUCACUCAGAGGGCCUAUCGACGACGUUCUGACACUACUCCCCCUUCUCUUGAUGCCAUUGCAGAGACUCAUGAAACCACACCUAGCUCAUCUACACCUUCACAAAAGAAAAAGAGAGGGUUGGAUGUUGUUUGGGAUUGGUGGAAUUUUUUUGGCGUUCUGGCAGUUGGCCAGUUAUGUGGAAACAAUGAGUGA